AUGGCUACCAAUACACCCGAAAGCGAUGGUCAAAACACUCAGACCAAGUCGAAGUUGGAUACCCUAAGCCGUGAAGAUCUCAUCCGCUUCGUGAAGCGCCAAUUGGAGCAUGUGAACUUAUCCAAAAUGGAGAUCAAAAGAUUGAAGCAAUCGCUGGAGGAAAAAGAUGCCACUAUUAGUGAUCUGAUUGCCGAAAACUCGCAGCUGAAGUCGUCGGAUCUAGAAAAGAGUGAAAGUCAAGAGGAAUCGCAUGCUGAGAAUGGCAUCGCUGCGAAUGCUGAUAUGGAACAGCUUCUUGAACUGAAUGCUCAACUCACUAGUGAUAUUGCUGUGUUGAAGAAAGAGCGCCUUCGUCAUGAAGAAGAUCUCGCUGCUGUUCUCCAAACGAAUAACCACCUGCGAUCUCAGCUCGACGACGCCCUUCAGGAAGCUGCAGCUCUUCGUGAACAGCAGACUGCUACGGAUGUCUUUUCUCUUGAGCUCAAAGAUUACGAGAAAAAGAUGGUACAACUGAACAAGUCACUCAAGGACACCGAAACAGCUCUCGAAGCAGCCAAGGCUGAAAAAGAAGAGCUUGUUCAACAGCUGAGCACCCAAAACUUACAACGAGCUAAUGAGCAAAAAUCAAUGGAGAUUAGUGAUCUUCUGUCGGAAAAUCAGGUUCUCAAGACACGUUGUGAUAAUCUCGAAGCUGACUAUCAGGCGUACAAGUCACGUGCGCGCUAUGUAUUGGAACAGCAGGCGAAAUCUGUGGAAAGUGACACGGCAGGCAAGCAGACUGACACAGAAGAGGUGAAAGCAGCUCUUGACGGCCUCAAGCACGAACUGGAGGAGCUGCAGUUAGUUUUUGUCUUUGAUGUUUUACAGUUUUGCACUACAUUUAGAAAUUGCAUCUAA